AAUGUUCAUAUAGGCCGAAGAAGAUGUUAGACAGUGUUUUAUUGCAAAUUUAACGAACCAUAAUUAAAUAUGCACUUUUGUAUAAAAUUUGAUAUAUAACAACAAACAUCACCUAUUUUUUAUUUAUAAUAUCACUAUGAGUAAAGAAACCAAAUGGUUACUUUCACAAGCACAAACAAAUGUAAAAUACAACAAAUGAAAAUCAAAAGGAAAUUAAAGGUACAAAUCAUGUAACGAGUGUAUGCCUAAAUAAUUAAACCAAAACACACCACAUUGAAAACAUUACAACAACAAUAUAAUAAAAGAUGCAUCAAUCACAUGAUGAAGUGAUAAUUCAAGGACGACUUGAUGUAGAAGGCGGAGGAGAGAAGAACGGAAUAGAUGGGAGACUAGUUGGAAGAGAAGGAAUUACCGUAGGAAACGAAGGCAACGUUGGCAUUGGAGGCAUUACAGUGGGAAUUGUGGGAAGAUUUGGUUGUGGCAAAGAUGAUGGCAUUGGAAACGGAGGCAUUGCAGUAGGCAUUGUGGGAAGAGUUGGUAGAGAUGGUUGUGGCAACGUUGAUGGCAAUGGAGGUAGUCCCAUUGUCGGGAUAGGCAGGCUUGGAAUCUGAGGAAUAGUUUGUUGUUGUUGCUGGAGAAGGCGGCGUGAGGCUGAACAAGUGUUGAUCAUAGUAGAGGAAGAAGAGAGACUCACGAAAAAAGCAAUGAGAAAGAGCUUGUAUGAUGCCAUGUUGACGAAACUCUCUAGUUAUGGUUAAGC